AGCUGAACAGUAUGGCAGCCGUGUCUCUGAGAUCCUGCCGCAGAGGACUUUCACAAUUUUUAAGCAAUGGUGGGAUCGCAGCUCUGUCUUCUGUGCCACUACAAGGAGGCAGGAGACACAAAUCUUUUGUUCAGUUUGCUUCACGACCAGACCUUCCAAAGCUGGCUUACAGAAGAGUGAAGGGGAAAAGUCCAGGUGUGGUCUUCCUGCCAGGGUAUGGCUCCAACAUGAAUGGGCAGAAAGCUGAGUCUCUGGAAGAGUUCUGCAGGUCGUUAGGUCACUCAUACCUCAGGUUUGAUUACACCGGACACGGGGCCUCUGAGGGGGUGUUGGCUGAAGGAACUAUGGGUACCUGGAAAAAAGACGUUCUUUUCAUGUUGGAUGAGUUAACAGAGGGGCCACAGAUUUUAGUGGGCUCCAGCAUGGGCGGUUGGCUCAUGCUGCUGGCUGCCAUCGCAAGACCAGAAAAGACUGCAGCGCUGGUGGGCAUCUCCUCUGCAACGGACCAUUUCGUCACAGCGUUCAACUCGCUACCGAUAGAGACGCGCAAGGAGAUCGAAGCCAAAGGGGAGUGGACACUGCCUUCCAAACACUCUGAGGAAGGUUUCUACAAGAUUAGCAUGAACUUUCUGCACGAGGCAGAGAAUCACUGUGUUCUUCAAAGCCCCAUCCCCAUCACCUGCCCCGUGCGGCUCAUCCACGGCCUCAAAGAUGAGGACGUCCCCUGGCACAUCUCCAUGCAGGUCGCCGAGCGCGUCCUGAGCCCUGACGUUGACGUCAUCCUCAGGCGAAACGGCGAGCACCGCAUGUGUGAGAAGGACGACAUCAAGCUGAUGGUCUACACUAUCGAUGACCUCAUAGACAAGCUGACCACCAUGGUCUGAAGAGGAGGAGGAGUUAGCUGUUAAGGAAAUUACCAAACAACCGCAUGUUUCUUUGCCAAAUGUGACCUUUGAUGCAUCAGUUUUUCCCAUAGUUUUUCUGUCACUUUAUCAUGCAAAUGUUAUGAAAGAGGUUUUUCUGCACCCUAGAAUAUUCAGGAUACAUUUAUACACCUUUCAAGUUGUAUUAACCGUUACUUUGUCUUUAAUGUCUGCCGAUGCUGCUGUUUCUGCCACUGUUCCGAUACGUUGGGCUGUUUGUCCCACAAAAAUGGACACAAAAGUCUUCCUGUGCCUUUUCCUCCACUUUUCACCCAUUUUUUGGCCAAUAAAACCUCUGCACACUAAA